AUGACAAAAAAGACUGCAAGAAAAGAUAAGGAAGUUGAGGAAGACAAGGAAGAAGCACCAUCUAAGCAGGAAAACACCAAGUUCUAUGGAAAGACAGCUCCGCACGAGUUCUACGACACCAACAUUCUGCUGCCAUUUCCAAGAACAAGGAAGCCAACCACCGAUGAACAACUCGGGAAGUUUGUUGAGGUAAUUCGGCAAUUAUAUGUCAAUAUUCCACUACUUGAUGCAAUGCAGGUUCCAACCUAUGCCAAGUAUUUGAGAGACAUCCUCAACAACAAACGCCCGCUGCCUACAUCUGAGGUGAUUAAGCUAACAGAAGAAUGCAGCGCGGCGAUACUAAACCAACUACCAGAAAAGAAGAAGGACCCUGGAUGUCCUACCAUCGACUGCUCCAUUGGGACACAUCACUUCGAGCAUGCACUGUGCGACUUGGGAGCAAGUGUCAGUGUCAUGCCAAAGGUAAUAUUUGAUAAACUAACCCAUGCUGUUUUGUCCCCUACAUCAAUACAUUUGCAGUUAGCGGAUCAGUCAAUUCGCCAUCCUGCGGGGGUAGCUGAGAAUAUCCCCGUAAAGAUACGCGAGUUCCUGGUCCCUGUGGAUUUCGUGGUAAUCGACAUGGAGGUGGAUGAAAAGACUCCACUUAUCCUGGGAAGACCAUUUCUCAGCACUGCUAAUGCACAUAUUGACGUUGGAGCCGGAGAAAUUCAAUUUACAAUCAAUGGGGCCUAG